AUGUUCAAAUUCAUAAUAAGACCUGCGGGAAAACCGUCAUAUAUGGCCAGACGGGCGUACCAUUCAAUAGAUCAUCCAAGCUCAAAUAUAAUCGUUAAUCCUAAAUCGAUGGAAUCAAUAAUAUUGACGAAAUCGCUUACAUACCUUCCAAAAUUCGGAUUUGAUUCGUUAUGUAUAACUCAGGCAAUCCGGGACUUGAAGUACCCAGAUUCGUUACAGUCAGCCAUAUCCAGUUCUCCUUCAGGAAAUUCGUUAGAAUUCCAAUUAAUGUUACACUGGCUUAAAAUUCAGAGACAAAACUUACAGGACCAUGUCUUAGAUCCGAAGAGUGAGUUUAAUUCUAUAAAUGAUGAGUACGAACGAGUCAUCUAUUUAAUCAAUAAAAGGUUAGAAUAUAACCAGCCUAUUAUAAACAAGUUAUCAACAGGUUUAUCGCAGUUGAUUGCACCUUAUAAUAUGAAUCAAUCUUUAGACGAAUUGCACAAUUUGAGUGACGACAUUGCAUUUUAUGCGGGCGAUACUUCUAAUGACUUUGCCUGGUACUCUAAAAGAUUAGGGUUCUCGUCGAUUUAUGUUAGUUCUGAGGUUUUCAUGUUGCAAGAUACAAGUAAAGAUUUCCAUCAUACUAGAAAGUUUGUUGAAGAUAAGGUACAAGCGUUCAGCAACUUAGGUGGGGCUUAUAAUGAUGUUGAGCAAUGGGGAACAUUUAAUGCUAUCAGCUUGGUGAAUUUGAUCAAGACUCAAUUAGCUAGAGGUUAA